AUGGAGCCGCGAACGGAUGGAGCCGAGUGCGGUGUCCAGGUUUGUGCGUAGUCUAGAAAAUCCGGAAUUUUUUAGGAUUUUAUCAUUGCUAUACUGAUAGACUGAUCAUUUCGCCUUUUCCCAUCAUUUUUCUUUUUUUCAGGUGUUCUGCCGUAUAAGACCUCUGAACAAGACCGAGGAGAAGAAUGCGGACCGUUUUUUGCCGAAAUUUCCGUCAGAAGACAGUAUAUCGUUGGGGGUAAGUGUACACACGGAAGACAGUCACUCCGAGUGUGUGUGUAAUUAGACGAAGCGGGGACAGGUGUGUCAAUUCUCGCGUUACACGCACAAAUCGGCCCGAGAAAAGUACAAUAGUGUGGCGGAUUUUGAAGUUCUUCUCGUGAAAAUCCAAAUUUUUGCAGGGAAAAGUGUACGUGUUCGACAAAGUGUUCAAACCGAACACGACACAAGAGCAAGUGUACAAAGGGGCCGCCUAUCACAUCGUGCAGGAUGUUUUGUCCGGCUACAACGGCACCGUGUUCGCCUACGGUCAGACGUCGUCCGGAAAGACGCACACGAUGGAGGGAGUCAUCGGCGACGGCAACCUUUCGGGCAUCAUCCCGCGCAUCGUCGCCGACAUCUUCAACCACAUCUACAACAUGGACCAGGACCUGCAGUUCCACAUCAAAGUCUCCUACUACGAGAUUUACAACGAGAAGAUUCGCGAUCUGUUGGACCCGGAAAAAGUGAAUUUGUCGAUUCACGAGGACAAAAUGCGCGUUCCGUACGUGAAGGGCGCCACCGAGCGAUUCGUCGGCAGUCCCGACGAAGUGCUGCAGGCGAUCGAGGACGGAAAGUCGAACCGGAUGGUCGCCGUCACCAGUAUGUACCCCUCAACAAUUCUAGUCUCCUAAACUGAAAAAAAGGCGGGAAAUUCGAUAUUGCUAUGUUUUUCCAAAAAAAACGUGGAAGUUGCAGAUUUGGUGUGCAUUUUAAGCUGAAAGAAUUAGUUGAUAAAUGAGCACGGACCUGAAAAUGCUCGAUUUUCAGUGAUUUCACUAUCAAACUGUUCCGAAAUUUCCAGUUGUGGAAAGCCAUGAAAACAUUAAGAACCAGAGAAAAUUGCAAAUUUGCAGACAUGAACGAGCACUCCUCCCGCUCGCACUCGGUCUUUCUGAUCACCGUCAAACAGGAGCAUCAGACGACAAAAAAGCAGUUGACGGGCAAGUUGUACCUUGUCGAUUUGGCCGGAUCGGAGAAAGUGAGCAAGACGGGCGCGCAGGGAACCGUGCUAGAGGAGGCCAAAAACAUUAACAAGUCGCUGACGGCGCUCGGAAUCGUCAUCUCGGCGCUGGCCGAAGGAACCAAGUCGCACGUGCCGUACCGUGACUCGAAACUGACGCGCAUUCUGCAAGAGUCGCUCGGAGGAAACUCGCGGACUACGGUCAUAAUUUGCGCGUCGCCGUCGCACUUCAACGAGGCGGAGACCAAGUCGACGCUGCUGUUCGGACAGAGAGCCAAGACGAUCAAGAAUGUGGUGCAGGUGAACGAGGAGCUGACGGCCGAGGAGUGGAAGCGCCGAUACGAGAAGGAGCGCGAAAAGGUACGCUUUUUUCGGUGUAAUAGCCCUUUUGGACAAGAAAAUUUUUUCAAGUGAUUUUGUGUAAAAUGAAUGAUUUUAGGUGACCCGCCUGUCAACCCUUCUCCAAGCAGCCGCCCUGGAACUCUCCCGCUGGAGAGCCGGCGAAUCAGUGUCCGAAUUGGAAUGGAUCAACCUGUCGGAGACGGCGCAGAUGGCAGUCUCGGAAGUGUCGGGCGGUUCCACUCCACUUAUGGAAAGAUCGAUCGCGCCCGCACCGCCGAUGCUCACCUCCGGCAACGGACCGAUCACGGACGAGGAGAAGAAGAAGUACGAGGAGGAGCGGGUAAAGCUGUACCAACAAUUGGACGAGAAGGACGACGAGAUCCAGAAGGUGUCGCAGGAGCUCGAGAAGCUCCGACAACAGGUGCUUCUGCAAGAGGAGGCACUGCAGACAAUGCGCGAGAACGAGGAGAUCAUCCGCGAAGAGAACUCGCGCAUUCAGAAAGAGGCCGACGACAAGCAGCAGGAGGGCAAGGAGAUGAUGACGGCGUUGGAGGAGAUCGCCGUCAAUCUGGACGUGCGGCAAGCCGAGUGCGAGAAGCUGAAGCGCGAGUUGGAGGUGGUGCAGGAAGACAACCAGAGCCUCGAGGACCGCAUGAACCAGGCGACAAGCCUGCUCAACGCCCACCUCGACGAGUGCGGACCCAAGAUCCGGCACUUCAAGGAGGGCAUCUACAACAUCGUGCGCGAGUUCAACGUCGCCGAGAUCGCGUCGCAAAACGAUCAGUUGCCCGAUCACGACCUGCUGAAUCACAUUCGCAUCGGCGUUUCGAAGCUUUUCUCCGAGUAUUCGGCCGCCAAGGAGACGAGCAACGCCGCCGAGCAGGAAGCCGAAGUCAAGUUGGCCGCUGACGUGGCCAGAGUCGAGUCCGGACAGGUAAGAUUUGGAUGGAAAAGUGGGCAAACUUGCAGCUGUUCUUCUAUUUUUCACUUUUCUAGAUCACGAAAUUAGUCAAAGCUCGAGUUUUUGUGAAUAACGCGAAAGUCUAGCGACAUUUGACUUUCCGACACUAUGUUUUCAAAAUCCACUGUUUCAGGUGCAAGAUUCGGGUCGAAUGAAGCAGUUGCUGGUGAAAGACCAGGCGGCGAAGGAAAUCAAGCCGCUGACGGACCGCGUCAACAUGGAGCUGACGACGUUGAAGAAUCUGAAGAAGGAGUUCGUGCGAGUGCUGCUGGCACGGUGCCAAACGAACCAGGACGUCGAAGGCGCCGAGGACUCGCUGAGCGGUCCCGCCCAGAAGCAGAGAAUCCAAUUCCUGGAGAACAAUUUGGACAAGUUGACCAAGGUUCACAAGCAGGUACGACAAAAUUCCUAGAUUUUCAGUAACAAAAAAAAUCAUCUUUCAGUUGGUGCGUGACAACGCGGAUCUGCGCGUCGAACUGCCGAAGAUGGAGGCGCGUCUGCGCGGGCGCGAGGACCGCAUCAAAAUGCUCGAGACGGCGCUGCGCGACUCAAAGCAGCGAAGUCAGGCGGAACGCAAAAAGUACCAGCAGGAGGUGGAGCGGAUCAAGGAGGCGGUGCGGCAGCGCAACAUGCGGAGGAUGAACGCGCCGCAGAUCGUGAAGCCGAUCCGGCCGGGACAAGUGUACGGCGGACAGGCGACGCCCACGCAACAACAGCCCAACGGUACGAAUCGGAUGAGCAUCUCGCAGCUCGUCGCCGAGAUUUGAAAAUGGAGGAGAGAGAAUGGAUUUCUACUGAUUUUUACACAUUUUUCUAAGAUUUUCUGACAACUUUCUAUUGUCGCAUUAGAAAUGAGGCAAUCACGCUCUACCGUACGAGUUGUAGUCGUUAGUUUUCGUGAAAAUCCGUAUUUGCAUGGAAGCACUAUCAGAAAUCCUGAUUUUGAUUUUAGCGUGUUUCCGUGGAAGAACAACGACAAAGUGUACGAUAGAGCGCGAUUUGCACAUUUUCGGUGCAAAAUUCGCCGUCUUUUCGAGAAAAUUGAAUUUGAAGUGUGAAAAAGUGGUGUGAAAUCCCUGUGUCUCUUCUUCUCCUCUAACAUUCUCAUUUUCUAUCGACUUAUCCCAAAUUUUCAGCGUGA